AUGUGUGGGAAGUCUACUCUUAUUUUCAAUCUUCAUGGACAACCGAAACAAAGAAGAAGUAAACCCACGGCCAGCGGAAACCAAGCGCAGCUGAUCGUAACUCUAGGAUUUCAGUGGACAGGAAGUCACGUGGCUUCCUCCUCCGGAAGUAGACGUGGCCGGCUUCUUUGGGCGUGUGGUGAUUGGUGGUUGCCGGCCGUCUCGGACGGGCUCCCGCAAAGAAUGAAGCGGAGAAAGCCGGAGCUCCGGAGAGGGGCUGUGCUAGUGCGCCUGUUGCUGUGGGGGCUCCUGGAAACGAAGGCGGCCAUGGGCGGCGGCGGCGGCAGGUCGCUCCCGCAGUUUAGCGACGACGUGCCUUUCCGAGUAAACUGGCCGGGCAAAGAAUUCAUCCUGCCUACUGCUGGGGUUCUGUACAAAGAAGAUUAUUACAUCAUUAUGACAACAGCAGAUAAAGAAAAAUACAAGUGCAUUCUUCCAGUGUUAGCUAAUGGAGAUGAGGAGGAGGAAAAGGAUUAUAAAGGACCAAGCCCAGCUGAAUUGUUGGAACCUCUGUUUAAGCAAAGUAGCUGUUCUUAUAGA